CCAGUUAGCGUGUAUGCCGGAGUCGUACGAGAUGUUCCAUUGAUUGAACUCAGCCGAUGUACCAAAUAGCACAGAGAGUUGUCAAACCUUACACCGUAAAACAUGGCCGCCCAGUGGAAAGCGGUGUGCGAUACAUUUUGGAGUACGAAGUUUUGGCUGCCUGACGGAUAUAUAUGGGCAGAUCUUAAAAGUAAAGACAGUGAUGUCUAUCUCCCACAAGUGGAAGAUAUUAAUGUGUCUCUUGCUGUGGGACUUUUGAUGCUCGUGGUGCGGUAUUUGUAUGAAAGUUUGGUGAUAGUUCCUUUUGCCAAAUUCCUGGGAGUCAAGGAUCGGAAAAGAUAUGUCAAACCCAACCCAGUCCUGGAGAAGGCAUACAGUAGCCACAAGGGAAAGGCUUCACCGGGAGACCUUCAGAUUUUAUCAAAGAAGACAGAAUUAAGCAUACGAGAGGUAGAAAGAUGGUUCUUCAAGAGAAGGUUAAAGGACAACCAUACGUCCAUGAAGAAGUUCAGAGAAUGCAGCUGGCACUUCCUCUUUUAUUUCUCGGCCUUUGUAUAUGGAGUGUAUAUUUUGUGGGAGAGAGACUGGUUCUGGGAGACCAAAUACUCCUACGUCGGCUGGCCAAAUCAGCAUGUUGACAAUCCGCUGUACCUGUUUUAUCUUGCUGAGUUAGGCUUUUAUUGGAGUCUGCUGUUUUCUUCUCUAACUGAUGUCAAGAGGAAGGACUUCUUGGAGAUGACAGCACACCACCUGAUAACAAUUAACCUCAUCUACUUUUCCUGGAUUCUCAACUUUGUCCGAAUUGGCGCACUCAUCAUUUUGGUUCACGAUGUGUCUGACUACUGGAUGGCUGCAGCAAAGAUGGCUAAGUACAGUAAACACCAGACUAUCUGUGAGGCGCUGUUCGCAUGUUUCAUUGUCAUCUGGAUUGUGUCUCGGAUGAUUAUCUACCCCUUCAGAGUAUUGAACUCGGUGGUGUUUGAGAUCACUGAAUAUGUGCCCCCCUUCAGUUCUCACCGGAUGUUCACGGUUCUGCUGCUUGGCCUCCUCGUGCUCCACACCAUCUGGACAUACCUCAUCCUCAAGAUAGCUCUCCAGAAGUUCACACAUGGAGCUCUGCAGAAAGAUGUUCGGAGUGACACAGAGAGUGAUGCAGAUCUGUCCGACGAGGACUCCGAGCCAGAACCAACCAAAACAGAAAUGAAUGGAACAACAAAUCUUAGAACAAGAAAUAACAACAUUAGUUACAAGGAAUGAUCACUCAUGAUGUCAGCUGUUAGUUUCAAGUAUCAUCAAUGUGUCUUCAAUCUUGUGUUUAACGUGAUCUUGCUCAAAAUAUUCUGUUUAACUUUGAAAAGUCCAUCAUGGUGGAAAAUAUCUUUGCCUCACAAGCAUCUAUACAAUGUCAAAUGAUGCAAAUCUUUACAAGGUAAAUGCUUUAAAUUUCAAACACUGAAUUGUAACAUGUUGGGUCGUUACUAUUUUGUUGAGUUAAAUAUAUCCUUUCCCACAAGUCUGUGUGGAAUGGCUUGGAACUCUAUAAUUAUCAAAAAGGAUUUAGUUGGAAUUCCAAAUGUGUGAAAUCAGAGGUGGGUAAACUUUAUUUGAAGAAAGAUUAAUAAACAUUGCUGUUCUCUAGAGUGUGCAGCAAGCAUGUCAGUCCAGAAUGAUCCAUGAGUAUAUGGUAUUGCAUGCUGCCCAUCUGGCACCAAGAUUCAAUCUGUGCUUAUAGGAAUACAACGUUUCUGCAUGAUUCCUUUAUUUCAUGAUCACUGUUUCCUUCUUUUGCUGUACAUAUAUUGUGUUACAGUUACAGGCAAUGGCCAUACAUCUGAAGGGCUACUUAUUCAUUAAUUGUAUCAGGGUCAAACUGUUCCAUCUUAUCUCUGAACCACUCAGUGGUCAGUUGAACCACAGUGGAGACCGGUCAGUGGGACACUCAGUGGUCAGUUGAACCACAGAGGAGGCUAGUCAGUGGGACACUCAGUGGUCAGUUGAACCACAGUGGAGACCGGUCAGUGGGACACUCAGUGGUCAGUUGAACCACAGAGGAGGCUAGUCAGUGGGACACUCAGUGGUCAGUUGAACCACACUGGAGACCGGUCAGUGGGACACUCAGUGGUCAGUUGAACCACACUGGAGACUGGUCAGUGGGACACUCAGUGGUCAGUUGAACCACACUGGAGACCGGUCAGUGGGACACUCAGUGGUCAGUUGAACCACACUGGAGACCGGUCAGUGGGACACUCAGUGGUCAGUUGAACCACACUGGAGACCGGUCAGUGGGACACUCAGUGGUCAGUUGAACCACACUGGAGACCGGUCAGUGGGACACUCAGUGGUCAGUUGAACCACACUGGAGACCGGUCAGUGGGACACUCAGUGGUCAGUUGAACCACACAGUGGAGACUGGUCAGUGGGACACUCAGUGGAGACUGGUCAGUGGGACACUCAGUGGAGACUGGUCAGUGGGAUACUCAGUGGUCAGUUGAACCACACAGUGGAGACUGGAGACCUUUUCGCAUUUUUUGCAUAUAAUUCACGCUCGCAUUAAUUUCAAGGUUUACAGUAUUUCACACUGAACUUAGUUACAGAGUUUGUAUACAUGAUUUGAGUGUCACUGGUUGAAUGUGAGCAGCUGGAAGCAAACAGCUGAAUCCUCACAUCAGACAAGUUGAAGACUUUGCUCAAAUGAAUGUGUCCUUAAAACUGUUCAUAUCCUACAUGUUCCUCUAUUUUACAAGAUACUGAUGUUUAGCACUUGAUUUUGUGUCAAUGUACCGCUUACUCAGCCCAGAUUAGGCCAUUAGUCUGUGUUCACUCCUUGUGGAUGUAGCUUGUAAGUAACAACACCUCGAGUCUGUGGCAGCAAGAUCUCCUUCAGUUCUUCGUGGCCUGCUUGUCGCCCUGGCACACUGAUCACAGCAUGAUGGAGUGUUCACAUCCCAUGUUUUUGUCACACUCGGUGUGAUGCUAUCAUCCAGUAACAUGUCAUCAUGUCUGUGCAGCAACACAUUUUCCAUGUUUACUUGAUAUGCAGAGAAGUGUUUAUAAUAGACAGUACAUUCAUAAGAUAAUCAUGCACAUGCUGCUUUUAAUCAUACAAAUUAUAGGACAAAGUGCAAGUCUGUCAUUCUUUUCAUUCCAUAACAUAAGCAUUUAUUCCGCCUUUUUGUGAUGCUUAAUGCAAGUGUUCAACAACUUCAUGGUGAAUGUAGGGAUGUUGUCUACUAGUACUUCAUUAACUGUAGGAGAAGCACCCAUCAACAAACAGCCUGUUGAUUUUGUGUGAAACUAUUUAUAUUAUGUUCACCUUAUAGGUAUGGAAAAUCACCAGAUGUGUAUUUAUUUAAUAUUCUUAAUUUUUGUACAAUCAUAACCAAUAUUAACUGUAUCAUGUCCAUCUUAUUUAUGCUCCUCAUUUACCGAUCAAACAACACGACAGUGACGUUCCAGCCAUCAACUAGAGGUAGUCAUCAUGUCACACCUCCUGGGUGAAGUUAACACCCGGCAUGUAUCUAUGCUCUUGACAUGGCGGCUCAUGUUGAUGCUUUUAAUAUGCAUAGAUCAUGUCUACCAGUAUUCCCUUGAUAUUUAGGCUAAUGUCUAUGCUCUUGAUAUUUAGGCUAAUGUCUAUGCUCCUGAUAUUUAGGCUAAUGGCUAUGCUCCUGAUAUCAGACUAAUUCCGAUGCUCUGAUGCCAGGCAAUUAAAGCAUUGCUUAAUGUCUGAGCAAUGCCAUCAAAACAUAUGCUGCUUAUCUGUGCCUCUGGUAAGGAAGCUGAUGACCCAGGUCAGGGUAAGGAAGCAAUGUCAGUCAUGUUUGUAGAAAGUCCCACAGAACACAGAAACAAGGUGUGUUGUGUUAGGUACUUGUUUUACUUAUCCUUGAACCCUAAUUUCACAAUUUCAUUAAAUUAGACUAUUUUGAACAAAAUGUCUUCUUCCCCCAAAUCUGCUAUAAUUUUCGUAAUGCUAACAAAGUUCUAAGUUGUAGAGAAGUAACGCUUUGACUUUCACCCAGCACACAACACCUUGAAGAGAUUAAGAACAUUCAUAAAUUUAAUAUUUUGGUUUCAACCUGACUCCUAUUUCAGAAAAUAAUUCAUGCACCAAGUGCUAGCAAGCCACAUAAAUGUGCACGUGACCAAGUAGUUUGACAUAGCCUUGAUAUUCUGUUGCUGUUUGCAUUAGGAUUUUGAGAAAUUGUUUGGAAUACCUGUGUUCAUCACUUGUUUCACCAUUUAUUUAUAUGUUUUUGCUUUUGAUAUUGUUGUAAAUCAUAAUAGUGUUUAUUGUCAGGCUACACUUCUCACUGGAUAGAACAGCCCUUUAAAUAACAGAAUAGACAUUUCGAACAUCAGUUCUCCACACAAGCAACACCUAGUAUUAGGUUAGUUCUCAGUAGAGAAGUAUUAAAUUUCUGCAUAUGUAGGAGACUUGGCAAUGCCCAGAACAAGAAAAUAGUACAAAACAUGACCUGAAAAGCACUUUGUUUUUAUUGCAAUGAAUGCUCUCUGCUAAGCUGACAAAGACUGUGCAUGCAAUAUAGAAACUGUACUGUAGCUUGGUCCUCUGAUCAUGGGGAGUAGAUGUCCUCAGUUGCGUUAUGGUUGAUAGUGGUUUGUAUGCCUUUGUUUCCUGCCAGCUACCAAUGGCUGCCAGAGUUAGUGAAGUGCCCACCAUUUGUUAUUCAUUCCACCGAGCACCACCCCCAUUAGUUGAAUCCCCCCAUCUGCUGUGCAGGAGACAAACAUUCAGACCCCUCUCACAUCAGUACUGCUUCGAGGUUUGUUUAUGGGAGGUUUAAUACUGGACUUGUAACCUGGCUUGUCACAGACACAGGGCAGAAAUAUGCACUGCUGUUUGUCAUUAAUGCAUGUCAUUAUGUCAAUAUAUUGAUGCAGCGACGUCACAGAAAGCUGCCUGUUACAUACUUGUGUUUUGUUCGUUCAUGGUUCCUUAUUUAUGAAUAAAUGCCCUUGAGCAUCUUUUUAUGUUGUUAAGGUAAGUGAUGUUUAAAGUUUGGUUGGUGAUGUGUAUGUAUUCAAAAUGUAACUUCAUUAUUAUUUUUUAGUUUUUUGGACAAAUAAGACCUACCAUUGCUUGGAUAUAUAGAACACAUCUGAGGAUCCACCAUGGACAGGGGUUCUUCAAAUAUACUGUUUUUAUUUUGAAAGAACAAUCUUGCCAUUUUCAACUCAGUUUGUAGGAUGUAAAUAAACAGUGUUGGAGGACUGCCUUUCAUCCAGUUCAAGACAAAGUUGCACCAUAUGAAGUCUUCUUGUGUUGUGAAAUUUAGGAUGUUCUGUUAUUUCACAAGUACUUGUCCUAUAUGUCUGAGAAACAAUACACUAUAAUUCUGGACAUCAAACGCCGCACUUGCAAUUUGAAAACUACUCCACCAAACUUCUAAACCACAUAUUGCUGUGUACAAGAGCCAAUGAGCUUAAUGGGUUGCAGUUGGCACACGUCAUGUUUCUUGCUGUUUAGUUUGUGUGUUAUUCUGUUGAUUGUUUAAGAAAAAGCAUAAUGUUUUAUUAUCAAUAUUGUAUGACUUAAGUGUUUGAUGUCGGAUUUUCAAGAUAUGCCACCUGAGUUACCUAACAGGGUAGGUAGAAAUCACAUCACCCGCGUCAUAUCACUGAGGAGGUAACGGUGGAGUAAGCCGACCACCAGUUUGAACCCGUGUGGUUCCUGUCACUAUCAUGGUUUGCCUGUACCAGACAUUUGCUGUAACACUUAAGUAGCUGUAGCUGGGGUUUUUGCCAAGCUGUCUUUUGUGAUCUGUAACAAUGGUGAAAUCCUUGUACUUUCUUUAUCAUUGGAUGACAGGUGAACUCUCUCACUUCCAUGUAUGGGUCACAUCAGACAAAGCUCUGCAGUGAGAGCCUAUGUUCUUACACUGAUGUAGUGGAUAGCUUCUAGCAAGUUAGUAUUAGCCUGCAACAGAGUCAUUAUUCAAGGACUGGUUUAUUUUUCAUCUUAACAGGAAGUUCCUUAAAGUGCCUGAAGAGAACUAUGGUUGUCGGACAUGAUGUGGCAUCUGCAAUUGUGUAAAAACGUAAUGUGUUGUUACUGAUGUAUACAAAAUAUGUAUGUCAUGAUUUCAAUGAAGAACUUCUAAGCACACGGAUUAUAUAUACAAUGAUAUUUUUAUCCUGUGUGAUUGCACCAAUCGUGUGUAUAUAAGUCUAAAGAUAUUUUCUCAUUGUGCUUAUAUAUACUACUCAAAAGAAGUUAAGGAUCACCUGAUUCUUUCAUAAUGUUAAAGUUAAUCUGUCAUGACAUGAGCGAUUAACUAUAGUAAUAUGAAAGAAUCAGGUGAUCCUUUACUUUUUUUGAGUAGUAUAUAACUUUCAUAAAGACGUUACAGUUUGAGAAGCAAAUCUGAAUGUAAUUGCCAGACAAUGUAAAUAUGUUUCUUGUUUUCAUUAUGAUUGUUGUAUGAAUUCCCUGGGAAGCUGGGAUUCAAAGAUAAUUAGGUUAUUCCUGGAAGAAACGUGAAAGUGUGAUGAAGCCUCCUUAUUUUUAGAACUAAACAAAGUAUUGAGUUUUGUUUUCUUGUGGGCAUUCAAAGAGAAUAGGGAACUAUUUGUAUAAGACACUUGAAAGUCCCAGGAACUUCUAUUUGUAUGUUGGAGUCUUGGGAUUCGCAGAUCCUUGGUCAUUGCAGAUUCACUGUCAUUUGUUAUCCAAUGUACAGGUCUUGUAAAGAAUAUGAAUAAGUCAUGUCACCUGUAUUAUAUACUGAUACUAACUCAGCAUCUCACGAAUUGCCAAACAUCGGGAGCAGUGAAGUGAGGAAGCUGAUGGCAGUCGGUUAUUUGUUUUGUUUAUGGACUUUUAAUCAUGAAAUGUUCUAACUGAAAGAAAAGACUAGACGACUUCUUGAUAGAAAGGUGCUACAUAUUCUGUCCCAAGAUAAGAUGUGCAGAUGUUUACUGAAGUGAUUAUGCAUUAUGUGUGAUUGUGGUUUCAGAAAUUUGAUGUUAAGUACCCAUGUGAUCUGAAGGAAUGCUAAGUGAAUGAAUGCACUCUACUGUAUUGUAUUGGUUUCAUGACUUACAACCACUGUUAACAAUCCCCUCAUCUUUGUCUCAGACCAAAUUUCAUAUUUUUCUACUCUUGAGAAAUCAAUAGACAUAUUAUGUAGAGUUAGUAUUCAAAGAAAUAGAUCAUUAAUCAGCUCAAUAGGUCCAACAUGCUAUGGAUCUAGGUUACUUAUACAAUGGAACUUUCUAUUUAACAUUGAAAAUUGUCAAUGGUAAGGGAAGCUUUGUGUGACCUGUGUUCAGACAUGUGUUACUGAGAGGGGGACACCUUGUGGACACAGAAGCAUCUCACAGGAUGUGCUCCUUGUUGGCACAAACAUUUGUGACACUCUGUCCCUCAGAGUUCGUACAAAUUGGUACCAUGUUCUGUUUCUUUAGGACUUAUAAGAUAUUCUUGGUUGUACUAAUUCACAUUUUUUUAUAUUUGGUGAUGAAAAAUAAAUUGCCUUGACAGUA